GCAGCAAUCGAUCACAUUUUAUUUAGGGAUUGGGAAGUCCGAGAUUUCCCGAGUUUCCCUGAAUGCACCAACAGGCGCUCGGGCACGCGCAGGCUGCGAGGCGUCGCGAGCGAGCGCGGGAAGGAGACGCAGAAAAGGAGAUCGAUAGACGGAGCUCCGCUAAACAGGUGGUCGGAAAGAGAGAGAGAAAGAGAGAGAGAAAGAGAGAGAGAGAGACACACACACACCAAACGAUCAUGUCGUCCGGCGGGAGGAGAGGCGGAAAGACUGCGCUUUAGCGGAACAACCACCGAAGGACCCUAACCGAACCGAGAACCCCCAGCGCCUGAUGCCGCUUGUGGACUUCUUGCGACUCUUCUCGCCGGGCUUGGGAGCAUCGAGCGGGCGCGGAAGGACACCAUGAAAGUGACGGUGUGCUUCGGACGGACGCGCGUGGUCGUGCCGUGCGGGGACGGAAACAUUCACGUGCACGCGCUCGUCCAACAAGCCGUCAUGAGGUACAAAAAGGCCAUCGCCAAGGACACCAGUUACUGGCUGCAGGUACACCGCCUGGAGCACGGUGAUGGCGGCAUCUUGGACCUGGAUGACGUGCUGUGCGACGUGGCGGACGACAAAGACCGGUUGAUCGCCAUCUACGACGAGCAGGAGCCCCACCAUGGUGGCGACGGCACCAGCGCCAGUUCCACGGGGACCCAGAGCCCAGACCUCUUCACCACCGUGGACCUCAGCACAGGUGGUGGUGCCUCUGCCUUCCAGCCCUACCAAGCGGCCAGCGAAAUCGAAGUCACGCCGUCGGCCCUACGCACCAACAUGCCCUUGCACGUCCGCCGCAGCAGCGACCCCGCUUUGCUGUGUCUCAACGGGCCAUUCACCGGUGGUGGCGUUGAGUCACGGGCCCAAGCAGAAGAACCGCCUUCGCGAAAGAACCCGACCCGAUGGUCCACCACGGCUGGCUUCCUAAAAGCGCGCCAUGCCUCAGGCACCACCAAUAGCCUGGAGAGAAAGCGUAAAGGCUUGGACACAUACCGCAGCCUGCCUAGGGAUGCUGGAACAUGGGCCAAUCAGAGAGAGUUUCAGAGGGAGACGGCACGUUCGUCCCUGAGUGCCAAUCACCCGAUGGUGGACCGAUGGCUGGAGAGGCAGGAACAGGAGGACGGGUCGGGAGAGCAAGAAAAUGGCCGCAUCGAGCCAGUGGGCAGAGCUGAAUCGUGCUUGGACCACACCGUCUCCACCGCUAUGUCUCUCGAAGACAUAAUCAAAGUAGUGGAGGUGACAAAUGACGGCGGGCCCCUGGGAAUCCACGUGGUGCCUUUCAGUGGCAGAGACCGCAGAACUCUUGGCUUGUUGGUCAAGCGUCUGGAGCGUGGUGGCAAGGCCCAGCAGCAGUCCCUCUUCCAGGAGAAUGACUGUAUCGUCAGAAUCAAUAACGGAGACCUGCGGAACAUUCGCUUUGAACAAGCCCAGAACAUGUUCCGCCAGGCCAUGCGUUCUCCUGUCAUCAUGUUCCACGUGGUGCCAUCUUCGUUGAAAGCCCACUACGAGAAUCUCUCCCAGGCCGAGAGGAACCCAGCAUACUCGUCAGGCCGCUUCAGCGGCGACUUGGCAUCCGAUGGCACGGAUCCCGCGCCUCACAGGAUGUCCCGGCACGGCUCGCAGAAGCACCCACAUGCUCACCCGCAUCAGGAUCAGCCAGACGGCUACCCGCCCGCUGCUCACGCGCCCACUGUCUCCGCCGCCAAACCUCCCACUGGUCAGAUCCACUCGCCGCAAAGAGGGCUGACAUCCACUCUGACACCUGGAUACAACAAGAAGGUCGGGAGGAGGCUCAACAUUCUGCUCAAGAAAGGGCCGGAAGGAUUGGGCUUCAGCAUCACGUCGCGCGACGUCCCCAUCGGGGGCUCGGCGCCCAUCUACGUCAAGAACAUCCUACCAAGGGGAGCUGCCAUUCAAGAUGGACGCCUCAAGGCUGGCGACAGAUUACUGGAAGUGAAUGGCAUCGACUUAAACGGUCGCAGCCAGGAGGAGGUGGUGUCCAUCCUCAGGGCCACGCCCAUGGGGGGCACAGUGGGGCUGCUGGUCCUCCGCCAGGAAGACACCUUCCUCCCUCAAGAAGCGAAGCCGGAGGAAGACGAGCUGGUGCUGACGCCGGAUGGCAGUCGUGAGUUUCUGACCUUCGAGAUUCCGCUCAGCGACUCGGGCUCCGCAGGCUUAGGUGUCAGUGUCAAGGGGAACCGGUCCAAGGAGAACCAUGCUGACCUCGGUAUCUUCGUCAAGUCCAUCAUCAACGGAGGGGCUGCGUGCAAGGAUGGGCGCCUGCGCGUGAACGACCAGCUGAUUGCUGUCAACAGCGAGUCGUUGCUGGGCAAAACAAACCAGGACGCCAUGGAGACGCUGCGCACGUCCAUGUCUACUGAGGGGAACAAACGCGGCAUGAUCCAGCUCAUCGUGGCCAGGCGUGUCGGCAAGAGGACCCAGGAGGCACCAGGGGGUCCACUGGGACCUCAGCAAAGUGCCAACACUUUGUCUCUGGACGAGCACGAACGUCGUAUCUCCCACUCCCUGUACGGCGCUCUGGAGGAUCUGGAUGACAACUUGAUGCCCCGACAAGGAAUGAUGCCACGCACAGUUGGCAACUACCAGCUUUCGCCGACUGUCAACAUGCCGCAGGACGACAUGGUCAUCAUCGAGGACGACGGGCCGCCGCUCCUCCCUCCUCACCUGUCUGACCAAUCGUCGUCCAGCUCCCACGACGACGUCGGUGGAAGUGGAGGUGGCGGCGGCGGCGGCGGCAACGUCUUCAGCACUGAUGUGACGCCGUCCUGGGCACGAGAGAUCCCUGCUCCCAAGGACAGGUGGGAAAGAAAGAUCUCGCUGACUCUGGACGAGAGCCAGGCCACCGACGCCGCCUUCCAGCGGGAAGGUUUCGGCCGCCAGAGCAUGUCAGAGAAGCGCACCAAACAGUUUGGAGAUGCCUCCCAGCUGGAGAUCAUCAAGACGCGCAAAUCCAAGAGCAUGGAUCUAGUAGCUGACGAGAUUAACCUCAGCCGUCAUCCUGACAUCAGCACAGGUUCGUCCACGAGGGACGUGGGUCCGUCAUUGGGCCUGAAGAAGUCCAGCUCUCUGGAGAGUCUACAGACGGCCGUGGCCGAGGCGACGCUAAACGGGGACCUUCCUUUUCACCGUCCUCGUCCUCGCAUCAUCCGGGGCCGUGGCUGCAACGAGAGCUUCCGUGCCGCCAUUGACAAGUCUUAUGAUCGGCCGGCUGCCGCGGAAGACUACGACGAGGGCAUGGAGACACUGGAGGAGGACACCGAGGAGAGUUCUCGCUCAGGUAGAGAUUCCGUGUCCACGGUGGCCGAGUUGACGCCACUGUCGCCGGGCGGAGAAAAGACGACAUCGACGACGUUGAUCAACGGCAGCUCGAGAGCCAAAGACGACAAGAAGGACAAAGGCGGCAAAGACAAGAAGAAGGGGGAUGCGCAGAAAGACAAAGAAAAAGACAAGGAGAAGGGAAAAGUGAAGAAAGGAAUGCUCAAAGGACUCGGAGACAUGUUCAGGUUUGGGAAGCACCGCAAAGAUGACAGGAUGGAACGCAAAGGUUCCAGCAAAUGGCGGCCGGAGGAGACUCACGUUUCGGACGAGGAGACGCUGAAAAUGAGGAUGGAGCAGGAAAGGAUCCAGGCCAAGACGCGCGAACUUCGUGAGCGUCAGGCACGAGAACGAGACUACGCCGAGAUCCUGGACGUGAGCCGCUCACCGGAGAGGUCCUCGGAGGAGGAGCACCCGUACGUCGGCAUCAGCCUGCUCAACAACAGCGGGCACAACAGCCCCCACGGUGACCACCACCACGGCCCACACAGCCCCCGCAAUGACCACGACCAAUACCCCCGCUUACAUCACCACCACGCACACCAGCACUCUGACUCCCUCUACACACAAGUCAGCAAGGCGCUACCAGAGAGACCCCCUUCUGCAGACAGCAACCGCGUGGCCCCGAGCAACCACGACCGGAUACAGAGGCUGAGGCAGGAGUUCCAGCAGGCACAGAACGUUCCGGACGACACCGACGACAGCCGAUGCACGUUCAGCUUCGAGCAGCCCUGGUCCAACGGUCCCAGCGUGGCGGCAGUGGGGCAGCAGCUGGGUCGUCACUCUGUGUCAGUGGAGGUUCAGAUGCAGCGUCAGAGGCAGGAAGAUGCCUUCACUCAAGCUCAGCGGCAGUACAGCUCGUUGCCACGCCAACCCCGGAAGAAUCCCAGCUCCAUCUCUCCGGACUCUUGGGAAAAGUCGUACCCGGCCGGCCAGGUCUUCCAGACAGCCAAAGACAAUCCUCGUUAUUCCAGCUACCACCAGGGUUCCCGCAACGGCUUUCCCAGCGUGGCCAACGUCAACGCCAGGGUCCUUCUGGAGGCCCAGGAGCUUCUCAGGCAGGAGCAGAGGCGGCAAGAGCUGGAAGCCAAGGGCCGGGCCUCCCCCAGGGACGCUGUGGCCUCCCCGAUGGCGUCCCCCAAGGGCCCGUACCGCCACGACGUGCCACCUUCGCCCUCUCAGCUCGCCAGACUCAACCGCAUUGGCUCGGAGAAAGGACGGCUCUUUUAUUCCUGAGGGGUAGCACCCAUGUUAGCCCAGCGGCUGAGACCUCCAUUUUCUGACACGCAUGUUGAUGGCAUCUAUUUUGUGAACUGAACUGUGCGGCCCAUUGUUUGAAACAUCCCUCCAGGGGUGGUUCGACAUGCACACCCCGUGCCUUGACUUCAUCUUUGUUCCUGGCGACAAUUGUCGGAUUUGUUGUUUUUACACCUCAAUGCAAGGCUAACAUGCUCACCAUCUGAGAUAAUCACGUUCAAUCUUCUUCCAGUUCAUCCUACCAAAAUAAGAGUUCUCCCAAGAGAGAAAAAAACACGCAAAGUGGAAUUUUUUUAAUUUCGCGCCUCAUUGGUAAGCUACCACACUAACCAACACAGCCUGCAUUUCUCCAUUCAGUCAACUUCCUGUUUCACAGUGUUUAGUUUUGUUUUCUGCCUCUGUGCUAUGCUAACAUGCUAACCAACACAGCCUGCAUAUCAUUCCUGUUUUAUCAAAAGACUACUCCAUAGAGAAAAGUGUACAGUGGCGCUUUUGUCAAGUUUUUUUAAAAAUUAUUUUCUCUUCAGUGAUAUGCUAACAUGCAAACAAAACAGAAAACCAAAAAACAAAAACAAAAUAUCUACAUUCAAUAUACUUCCUGUUCCUCCUCCUGAAAUAAGGAUACUCCCCCGGAGAGGUGGGGGAAAAAAUAGAAGUGUUUGUAGGGAUGUCCCAAUCAAACUUUUUUGUACUAGUCUUAAAUCACUUGGACUGACAACGACAACCCCGAGUCCCAAUCCAAUCCCUCGGCAAAGCAAAUCCAAGUUGUCUAUCAUUUUUUAAUUAAUGUAUUUGAGGAAAGCUAUCCCAACAUAACUUUUUUUAUGGCUAUAAUUCAGCAGUGGUUAAAAUGAAGUAAAAAAAUAUAUAUAUAUACACUGAACAAAAAUAUAAACACUUGUUUUUGCUCCCAUUUUUUGUGAGCUGGACUGCAAGAUCUGAAACUUUUUCUACAUACACAGGCCAUUUCCCGUAAAUAUUGUUCACAAAUCUCUCU